GCCGCGCAUGCAGACUGAUAUGUUUCACUUCACAGCUGAGCCGAUCCAACAAAAAUGGCCGCAUAGUGCGAACUGAGCAGGCUCCGACCGAUGUGGAGUUGUAUAAGGUUGAAAGUCUAGACGCGGUUUACUUCAGUAUCAAACGGACAUCAGGAUGAGACGCCGAAGUAGUUUUUAACUGUUUCAUCGCGUGUGAUUUUGAUACCUCGCUCUCUCAAUAUGGGAAUUGGUGUUUGUGUCACGACUGAAGGUUAUUGGCUGGUAUUUAUUAUAGUGUUCUUUUCAAUAAACUUCGGAGAUACCCAGCUGUUGAUAAACGUCAAGAACCAAGGAGGUGAUGUGCUCCAGGAGACCAUCUCAGCCAAUGUCAGCGAUGAUGCUGUUAUGCUGGAGUUCCAGAGGUCUGAUGGCACUCUAGUUACACAACUGGUCGACUUCAAACAUGCAAGUUUAUCCCCAACAUAUUUAUCAGUUUUAAGUGGUUGUUUUUAUAAUUUAUUACAAUAUAAUCAAUUGGUUAAGUUGUUAGCUUCGAUUGUUUACUUAGGACAAGAAGCUAAGAAACCUCUCAUUGCCCUUAAUUAUAAAAGGAUCUUCGUACUUGCUUCUAGAGUACCAGGAUAUUUAGGAUGAGUUAGGUUAGGGGUUUAGGCAGCCUCCUGUCGAGAUCCCAUGAGGGAAAGUGGGCACACUAUGUCUCUGUCAUGUCACCUGUGGAAGAAGGGAAGGCUGCUCUGCUUCUCCUGUCAAAGCGGACAGGAGACAACACUCCCUCAUGUCCCCCCAGACUAACAACACCUUUAAUACUAAGGGAGAUCCACCCACUCAAACAUUAAUCUUCCACAAUAGACUAGACUUAUUAGUUUUACCCUUUACACCAAUGUCUCGACAUUUGUGGUAAGUGAUGUGUGACGCUCUUGUACAUUCUUAUACUAUGGUUGUCCAGAUUUAAGUAGAAAAGGGAUUCUUGAUGAUUUUCUGGUGUUGUAGCUGUGGU